AUGUCUUCCUCCUUCGACUUCAACCACCAUUCCCACAGGCGCUUCAACCCGCUCACCAACUCCUGGGUCCUCUGCUCACCCCACCGCACCCAGCGACCGUGGCAAGGCAAGCAAGAAGAGGACGACACCAGCAAACGUCCCUCCUACGACCCAUCAUGCUACCUCUGCCCAGGGAACACCCGUGCCAGCGGCGGCGUCAAGAAUCCUGAAUACAUGGAUACCUUCGUCUUCGAGAACGAUUUCCCGGCUGUCCAGCAGAAUCAGCCAACUCUCGUAGCUUCAGGCGAAGACACCUCCGAAUUCAACCCGCUCCUGCAAGUAGAAUCCGUCCGUGGCCAAUGCCACGUCAUCUGUUUCUCUCCGCACCACGACAAGACCCUCGCUGACAUGUCCGAACAAGAGAUCCUCCCCGUCAUCCAAGCCUGGAUCGACACCUACGCCACCCUCCGCUCGAAACCCCAUAUCAAUCACGUCCAGAUCUUUGAGAACAAGGGUGCGAUCAUGGGAUGCUCAAACCCUCAUCCACAUGGACAGGUCUGGUCGACUGAGGAUAUUCCGCAAGAACCGGCAGAUGAAUUGAGAAGCAUGGGGGAGUACCGAGAUAAGUACCAGAGGUGCUUGCUGUGUGAUUAUGUCAAGACAGAAGCUCAGGCAGACGCGAGAGCAAAGUCCUCCGCAUCAUCAGCUGGAUCAGGAUCAACAGAAUCCGCAGCACCGGGAUCAGGAUCAACAGAAUCCGCAGCACCGGGAUCAGUAGCAACGCCGGAUGGCUCGAGGAUCGUCUGUGAAAACGACAGUUUCAUGUGUGUCGUCCCCUUCUGGGCAACCUGGCCUUUCGAGACCCUGGUCCUCUCCAAGUCCCAUCUCGCCCGACUCUCCGAUAUGAACAACACUCAGAAACAGGAUCUCGCCAAUAUUCUGAGAAGGAUCACCUGUCGAUAUGACAACCUCUUCCGCUGCUCCUUUCCUUACUCCAUGGGUAUUCAUCAGGCGCCGACGAAUGAUAAUGAGAACCAGGAACAGCUAUCGCAUCUUCACCUGCACUUUUAUCCACCUCUACUUAGAAGUGCUACCGUGAAAAAGUUCCUUGUAGGAUUCGAGCUGCUUGGUCAGGCGCAACGCGACUUGACCCCAGAACAGGCCGCCAAGAGGCUCGUCGAAUGCUCAGAAGUCCAUUACAAGUCCGGUUGA